UCAGAGGGAUUGGGUGUUUCUCUGGGGUUCCCCCUGACCCCCCUCUCCCCCAGAUGAUUUUGGGGGUGCGCCGGGCCGGGGGCUUCACCCGCCGGCUGGAGGUUGAGUGCUCGAGUGCGGAGGAAGCACUGGCGGCUGCGGGGGCUGGGGCUGACAUCGUCCUGCUGGACAACCUGGCCCCACAGGUGAGCCCCAAAAUCAGAGCAGGACCAACAGUGGAGCUGCAUGGAGCAGCAGCCAGUGGGGGGAUUGUUUUGGGGACCCUCCCCCAGUUUUUGGGGCCUCACAUCGGUGUGGUGCCCAUGGGGUGUCUGACCCACUGUGCCCCUGCCCUGGACUUUGCACUGCAGGUGCUGGAACUCUCUAAUCCAUCCAGGAGCCCUCAACCCACCACAAAACCCACCCUGACAUCCCAAAAUAUGUCCUGGGGAUCCCCAAAAUCCACCCUUGGAACCCUCAAAUCCCAGCCCCGGUGA